AAAAGCGUCCGUUUAUUUGGCAUGUCCAAUUUGUUCAUUGGUUUCAGUAUUGACUAAAAAAUUGAUUCUGUAAACGUAUUUUUAAAAAGUUUAAACUAAAACCAUGCCGACUUCUGAUAAAGACACUGCUGAAGCUACCCAAGCAAAAAAAGCACGAGUGGACCAUCAAACAAUGCCAACUAGACAGUAUCUGGACCAGGCAGUAGUUCCCGUUGUCUUACGAGCGAUGUCUGCAGUAGCCAAGGAAAGACCAGCUGAUCCUUUAGAGUUUAUUGCAAAUUAUUUGCUUAAAGAAGCAAAAACUCGAGCAACCCAGAAUUCCGAAACAGCCAGUCAAGCCCUACCCUCGGCGUGUGCUUGACCUUCUUUUGACAAUCUCAUUUCAACUUCAGACUCCAUUACUCUAUGAAAAUUGCAUUUUUAUUUCAGCUCCUGACAGGUAAAUCUCAGUGUGCAUUGGUUUAUUUCAUAUUUUGUGUGAAUACAUUUGAGUCUGU